AUGAAGUUCAUUUGUGCAUCAGUACUAGUUCUAUCCGCCGUACUCGGCACCAAUGCCGUGGACUGGCAGUCCUUGAAAUCGCUGGACAUUGAGCCCAAAGUGCCUAUGAUCCGUCGUCAUAAUGCGCCCGCUGGACGUAUUACGAGGGGCGAAACCGCUGCACGCAAUCAGUUCCCCUACCAGGCGGGUCUUAUGCUCUACACUCCCGAAGGUGCUGCCUGGUGCGGAGGUACCCUGAUCAGCACCCGACAUGUGGUUACCGCCGCUCACUGCACGGACAAUCUGACCUCUGGUGUGGAUGUCUAUCUGGGCGCCUGGGAUCGCACCAACGCGAAGGAGGAGGGCCAGCAGAUCAUCUUUGUGGAGACAAAGUACGUGACUGUUCAUGAGAACUGGGACGCCACCACGCUCAGCAAUGACAUUUCCGUCAUUAAGCUGCCCGUGCCCAUUGAGUUCAACCAGUUCAUCCAGCCCGCCAAGCUGCCCGUCAAGUCCGACAACUACGAAAACUACGCUGGGGAACAGGCUGUUGCCUCCGGCUGGGGCAAGGUCUCCGACUCCGAGAGAGGAGCUACCAACAUUUUGCAAUACAUUUAUGUUCCCAUCAUGAGGAACGCGGGCUGCUCUCCCUGGUUCGUCGGCUCUGUGACCAGCACCAACAUCUGCAUCAAGACAACCGGCGGCAUUUCCACCUGCAACGGCGACUCUGGUGGUCCUUUGGUGCUUGCCGAUGGCAGCAACACCUUGAUUGGCGCGACUUCCUACGGCAUUGCCCUUGGCUGCGAGUUUGGCUGGCCAGGUGUCUUCACCCGCAUCACCUCCUAUCUGGACUGGAUCGAGGAGCACACCGGCGUGGUUAACAAGGGUCUAUAA